UUCUUCUACCUCCUUUUGGUCUUCAAUUCAGUGAAGGAAGAAGGAAACGAUGGUGUCGCUGAAGCUACAGAAACGGCUUGCUGCGAGCGUCCUCAAGUGCGGUAAAGGAAAAGUUUGGCUUGACCCUAAUGAGGUCAACGAUAUCUCCAUGGCCAACUCCAGGCAAAACAUUAGGAAGCUUGUGAAAGAUGGUUUUAUCAUCAGGAAACCAACAAAGAUUCAUUCGAGGUCUCGGGCUCGUCGGAUGAAAGAGGCCAAGAGAAAGGGACGUCAUGCAGGAUAUGGUAAAAGAAAGGGUACUAGGGAAGCAAGAUUGCCCACUAAAGUUCUGUGGAUGAGAAGAUUGCGUGUGCUUAGGCGGUUACUUCGCAAGUACAGGGAAGCAAAGAAGAUUGACAAACACAUGUACCAUGAUAUGUACAUGAAAGUCAAAGGUAACGUCUUUAAGAACAAGCGUGUGCUUAUGGAGAGUAUCCACAAGUCUAAAGCUGAGAAGGCCAGAGAGAAGACUUUGUCAGAUCAGUUUGAGGCUAAACGUGCCAAGAACAAGGCAAGCAGAGAGAGAAAGUUUGCUCGCAGGGAAGAGCGUUUAGCUCAGGGACCUGUUGAGAAAGCACCACCAGCAGCAGCAGCUGCCCCUACACCAGAAGCAGCAGUAGCUAAACCUGCAGGGGGAGCUAAGAAAAGCAAGAAGUGAUUGUUUGAUUGAUGCAUCCGAAUGUGUAGUCUGAUUCUCUGAUUUCACUUUAGGCUAUACAUACAUGCUUCUUGUUUCUUUUUGUUUGUGGGGCAUAUGUGAACUGUUUAUUAAAUUCUAGUAGGAAUCUGAUACUAAUGCUUUUGUAAGAUGCCAUUUCUGUUGGUUUUUUAUUCAAAACAAUACUCUGAUUGUAGCAAUGCCUAAAUUGUUCCCUUUUGAUAAGAAUUAAGAUUUAUUAUGA